UGUUGCAAACAGCGGGAACUAGUUGUUGUGCGUGUUCUUCACCGAAGUGGUUUGGAUUGAAUUAUUGUUAUUUUUCGACUUGUACAUUUGUUUACUGUUAUUUUUUUUGUUUAACUUCUCAUAAUUUUACGUGACUAAGAGGCCAUCCGAAAUGUCUUCAGAAAAUAAUGAGGAGCAUAACUCAACGCCCCCUGAUGUCAAAGAAGACGACGAAAGUGAAAUUCAAGCAGAAGAUCAGAAGCCAACAGAUGAUUCUUCCAAAGACAGUGAUAAAGAUAGCAUAAAACAAGAUAGUGCAAAAGAAGAAAGUGGGAAAGAAGAAAGUGGGAAAGAUGAAAGCGAAGAUGAGAAUGAAGAAGUGGGUCUUCUUGAUAGGCCAGUUGAGGUAACUGGUUGUCGAGCAAGAAAAAAAGUUGAACGCCUUGAGAUAAGUUUUGCGACUUCCAAGGAAAAACAAGAAAUUCCUGUAGGUAAAGGACAAAAGCUUGGAGAAUGUCCACGAACUACUAACAAGAUUGCUCUGAAAAUUUGUUGCAAAGGAAGAUUGCUAGAAUUUAAGAAUUGA